UGAGGCCGCCCUUAGCAAAGAUGGCUGCUGUUCCCUUGUUGCUUCCAAUCCGUGUGACGGUAGUGUGCCCUUAGACAAAAUGGCCGCGCUCUGUUCUUCACCAGGGGCUGCGAGCAAGGCGGGCUGCUAGCCCUGGCAGAAGAGUCUGUCCUCCUGGUGUACUGUGAUAGUAAAGUGCAUCCAUCUAGGAUCUCUGGUUCUUGUACAUGCUGCCUGUGGUUUUAACUUGAUUCCCAGGAGGAAGAACUGCUCAGAUUCUCACACUUUUACCACAUGUACUGGAAUCCUGGUUGUUACUACUACAAUGUCGUGGGUGCAAGCUGCAGUCAGCCGGCCCAGUGAGGAUGUGUUUGAUGAAGAUUCUGAUGAACUGCAUGUAGUGCAGAAAGAAUGGAAGAGCACUAUGGAGAAAAGAGUCAAAGAAGGCUAUAGAGAUGGUGUUGAGGCUGGGAAAGAGCUUUCACUUCAGCAGGGUUUCAAUCGGGGUUACAAACAGGGUGCUGAGAUGAUGAUGACCUGUGGCCAACUCAGAGGGACCCUUAGUGCACUCUUGUCUUGGUGUCAUCUUAAUGGACAAAUUUCUGCUUUGCUGAGUAAGAUAAGUAACCUCCUGGCUGAAGUUGGCAAGUAUGAAGAAUAUGUGCUUAAGUAUAUGAAUUCUAUCAGUCCACAGCCCCACCUUGGAGAAUUACUGGAUUCUGUUCAGGACAUGGACCUUAGUCAUACAAUUCCAGUGGAGAAUGAAUUUGAUGAAACUGAAGCUGGAAGACACUGUGAAAAUGAGUCCGAGUUGAGUGAAAACUCUUGCAGGAGUAACAGUGGGGCUGAUUCCUUGUAUUCUGACAGUUGUAGGAGAACAAAAGAACACACACAUUCUGAAAGGCCAACCCUUGCUUGGCUUAAAGAAGAGACCGUCUGUUUAGGAGAGCAGCUAGGCUUGUCACUGGACAUAUUACAGCAUGUCCAACAACUGGAAAGUUAACUUUCUCUUGUGCCAAAUGGAAUCCAAUUCUAAGAACAAA